UCCAUUUCAAUCUUGGAUCAAGUCGAGGUGGGCGACAUUAAUCCUUCUUCACUCAUGGAGGUUUGCUUUCUCUCUUCAAAUUCCUUUGCCAAAACCACAGAAGCCUUCCCUCUGAUCCCAGCAAAAUUCCCUUCCUCUACAAGAACACGCCCGUUCUCCCAUCUCCAUUUCAAGAAAUCUUCAACUCCGUCGUCUCUGAAAUGUUGUCUGGGAGAUUCAGCAUCGUCCUCGCCUAAAGACGAGGAGAGAGCGAGUGCGGUUGAUGGAGAUUGGCGAGCUUUUCGUGCGAGAUUAGUGGCCGGAGAAGGCGUAGCCGAUCAAGGCACGAAAGAUCAGCCGGCGAUCAUUAGCAUCGGCGACAAAUGGGCCCACAAGAUCCACGAACCAGAAAAAGGGUGCUUGCUGGUAGCCACGGAGAAGCUGGACGGGGUCCACAUCUUCGAACGGACCGUGAUUCUGUUACUGUCGUUGGGGGCGGUGGGCCCCACAGGGAUCAUCCUCAACCGCCCCUCCCUCAUGUCAAUCAAGGAGAUGAGAUCCUCGGCGUUAGACGUGGCCGGCACGUUCUCCAACCGCCCCUUGUUUUUCGGGGGGCCGUUGGAAGAAGGGGUAUUCUUGGUAGAAGGGGAAGAUGAGGUUGGAAAGAGUGGGGUUUUGAACCAAGUAAUGAAAGGAUUGUACUAUGGGACUAAAGAGAGUGUGGGCUGUGCUGCAGAAAUGGUGAAUGGAAACGUUGUUGGGGUGGAUAGUUUUAGGUUCUUUGAUGGGUAUUGUGCAUGGGAAAGAGAGCAGUUGAGAGAUGAGAUUCGAGCUGGUUAUUGGACAAUUGCAGCGUGUAGCCCAGCUGUGAUUGGGCUACCUAGUAUAGGAAGUGUUGGUCUUUGGAAGGCGAUUGUUGGGCUUAUUGGCCGGAGAAAAGUAUGGUAAAAUCUGGGGAAUUUGAGGACCUUAAGGCUUAAUCUCAUCAUGUUAUAUAUAAUAUAGUAUAAUAUAUACGGAAAGGCCAGGGAAGCUAAGUUCUUUGUAAAUGACUCCAUUAUGGAGAAUUGCAAUUGUCAUGUUUCAAUUCUGGUUGUAAUGUAGAUGUUACAUGUACAUUGUACCUGUGCUUUUAUCUCA